AUGAAGAACAAAACCUUUCUUCUAGUUCUUCUCGCAUUGGUUGUUCUCUUUGCUUGUUGCUAUUAUGUGAACAGUCAAGCUACGACUCAACCAGCAGAUACUGACCAAGCGGAUGAUGGUGGUGCAAUGGCAUUCGAAAGUGAAUGGCAAGAUGAUCCACAAGUCAGCGAAUUUGAAAGUGACUCCAGUUAUCCUUAUGAUCAUUAUAGGUAUCGACAUGGAAGAAGAAGAAGACGACAUUGUCCUAUAGAUACAGACACUAUCGUUAUAAACCCAGAUAUGGACAUUAUUAUAAUUAAGGAACAUUGUCUCGAUUAA